CACGGCGCCCCGCCCUCUGACGUGUGUAGCUCAUGUUCAGAAAAAGGCUGGGCGGUUAGGGCCGGGAGGAGUUGCGAGCGGAGAGGCAGCAAGCUCAUCACUACCUGUGGAGGACCUGGUGCCAGAGCCCACAGCCAUGAUAGGGGAACUGAAGGUGAAGAUGCUGAGUGGCAAGGAUUUAUUGGUGCCCCUGAGGGACUCCAUGCUUACAGCGGACCUGAAGCAGCGGAUCGCCCAGGAAACUGGCGUGCCUGCCUUCCAGCAACGCCUGAUCUCCCAGUCGUCCGGUGCGGAGCUGCAGGACAGGGCUACCCUCAUCGGGCAGGGUCUGAGCCCCGGCAGCACGGUCCUGCUGGUGGUGCUGAGCGACGACCCCCUGAGCAUUCUGGUGAAGAACGAGAGGGGUCGCAGCAGAGCCUACGAGGUCCAGCGGACGCAGACGGUGGCUGAGCUCAAGCAGCAGGUGCACCAGCAGGAGGGCACGCCUGCCGACCAGUUCUGGCUGAGUUUCCAGGGGAAGCCCAUGGAGGACCAGCACCAGCUGGGGGAGUAUGACCUCAGGCCCCAUUGCACCGUGUUGAUGAACCUGCGCCUGCGCGGGGGCGGGACGGGGCCAGAAGGGCCACGCUGAGGUCCCCACCGAAGUUCCCACCCAGUGCUUUAAUAAAAAUUGAUGCCAAGUUAAUUGGCUGCCUCUGCGUCUGC